UUUACUGGACGGUGAAACACGGAGCUGCUGGACUGGAGCUGCAGGGACAAACCAAACCAGAAGACAGAGACACAGGAGACAAAGACAACCAGAGGACACAGAGACACAUAGUGAAAUAAAACCAGGAGGCAAACCAAAGCAGAGGACACGGAGUCUUCACCAAGACAAACUUCAGCUUGGUUUCCAUCCUCAGUUAGAUACGGUUGCCAUGGUUUCCUGGAGAAUAGUGAUGUAUGGACUUUUCUACUGCUUCAUCAGGACCGGGGUCACCAAGUCCCAGACGAGAGUUCUGUUUCCUGCUGCAGCCAAAGUGAAAAGAGGAUCUUCAGCAGCUGGAAAUCCAACAUUCUACAAAACCAUGAAUGAUGUCCAUUUGUUAUAUGAGAUCCUGAUGGCCGGCGUACGUUUUGAGCCCAGUGGGGAGUUUUCUGUCGACGACGCUGAACUUUCUUCACUCCGUCAGACCAGAAAUCUGAACUUCAUCUAUGAGGAAAUCUUUCCCAAGAAGCUAACAGACGUGUUUGGGCUCAUAGCUGAGCUGUCAGAGCACAGCGCUUCGCUGCAUCAGGAGGAUUUUGAGCGAAUCUUGAUGACUUUGGUGUACACAACCCAGAAGAUGAUCAGCGCUGCUUCUGUUCACCAAAGAGGAAUGUGGGGAGAAUCUUUUGUUGGUUUAUACAAAGCUUUAAAAAGAGACCUGGCACGGACAAACUGAGCACCGACCCACGUU